UGCUCUUCUUCUUUCUUCCCGUUGCAGCCACCCGAAGAAAAAAAAAAAAGAAACCCAGCCAGCCUUUGAGAAACCGGAAGCUUCCGGAUCUGCCUUGCUCUGCUCCUCACCGCCGGCUGCUCCUGCUUUGUGGGGGCGAAUUUCUCUGAUUUUGGAUUGCGUGAUUCUUCCCUGCACUUGCCGCCGGCUUCUCUCCCAACUGCAGCUCGGUUUUGCUUGCUAAAUUAUGGUUCCUAAUCGUUCUAGCAAUUUAGCACACUGAGAUCGAGUCUUUGGUUUUUUGCGAGUGAGGUAAGUAAAUUUAUGGUAAUGCUCGUAUAGUUUUUAAAAGCAUGUUUUGAUUUGUUUUUGAAGCGGUGGCGGGACUAAACCCGUUUUACACGAGCAUGAUUGAUUUGAAGUGAAAUGUUUAUGCUUUUCAUUAAAUUGAGCAUGCCUACUUGAAAGUUUAAUUGAUUGUCCUGAUGAUUUGAAAGUGAUUGGUGAAUUAUGAUUUUUCUGUUAACUUUGGCUUGUUUUGUCUCCGAUGUGGUUAUGUUAUUAGUGACCCUGCUAGUGGGGGUUAAACGCUAGCACAUGUCGACAUGUUAGUGAUAGAACCGGUUCGUUCAAGUGACUCUGCUAGUGGGGAUUAUACACUAGUAAAUAGUGUGCUUGCCAGUGGGAGGUUUAUAACAUUGGCCGUGACCUAUAGAGGAGACGUCUAUUUCAUUCCCGUACUGUAUCCAUUUUUCAUGAUUGCACUUGUUGGCAUGCUAUAAGUUUAAUUAAGGGCACUCCAUAUUUACUUACUGAGUUUAUCUCAUAGUUUUCCUUGUACACCAUUUCAGGAAGCGAAAUCGAGGACGGGGAAACCACGGGAAGUGACGAGUUAGAAGGCUAGCCAUUUCGAGAUUGAUAUAGAUUUUAGAUAUAGAUCAUGAUCUUGUAAACUGGAUUUUAAUUGGAGAUUUUAUAAAUUCAUUAAAUGGAUUGUUAGUUACAAGAUAUUUGACUUUGAGAUUUUGGUGGUAUCAGAUUGUGAAUUGGAUAAGUUCCGAGCCUUAUGCAUUUGUGGGACCUUCUCACGAGUGCACAGCGUCUGUCGCGUC